UAAGGUUGGUGAGGCAGGAUGACAGCUGAACGGGUCUCAAAGGUACAGCGCUGCAGUCAGUAAAUUAACAACAAAUCACCACAAACUCCCGUUUCCAAGGAGAGGGACUGGCACAAUUCAUCGUGCGUCGCGUUUUUAACAACUGACUGAAGCGUUUGAGUUUUUUUCAGAGGACGUGAACCGUUAAACCUUACGGAUAUAGUUUCUUCUUUUUUUCACCAAGAGCGAAAAAGAUCCGAGUCCGGAUGUGCCAGCGGUAUUUAGUUUUUCGCAUGGCGUAGGCACCUUUUCUACAGCGGCAGAUUCUUGGAUGAUUGGAGAGUUGGAGGAGGCCCUCGGGUCGACCGCUUAUCCAACUAUCAUUAACUACACGCUCAAAUUUGACCGAAUUGUGUGGAAAAUGAUCAACGAAAUGAUUGUGCAAUAGUGAGGAGGAAGAAGAAGAAGAAGCGUUGAAACACGUACCGACUACCUCAGUGUUGUGACAGUGGAGAGUGCGAGUCACCAUCUGGGAUACAUUCUGUCUUUUGUUUCCUUCUAUAAACCAAAAUAAACGACUUGGAUUCAAGAGUUUCGUGAGCAGCUUUCACCAAGGGGAGACGAAAAAAAAAAAAGGGAAAUAUUUGUGUCCUUUGCCUUGCGUGUGUGUGUGUGUGUGAGCGUGUGUUGUGAAUCCCUUUGAGGACCUGGAAAACCUUCACGAUGACGAGCAGCUGCACCCCAGCGGACAUGAUAAACCUGCGGCUUAUUUUAGUCAGCGGGAAGACGAAAGAGUUCCUCUUCUCUCCCAACGACUCGGCAGCGGACAUCGCCAAACAUGUUUAUGACAACUGGCCAAUGGACUGGGAAGAAGAGCAGGUCAGCAGUCCUAACAUCCUGAGAUUGAUCUACCAAGGCCGUUUUCUACAUGGAAAUGUAACAUUAGGAGCUCUCAAACUGCCCUUGGGGAAGACCACAGUGAUGCAUUUAGUUGCCAGAGAGACUUUGCCUGAGCCAAAUUCCCAAGGUCAGAGGAAUAGAGAGAAGACUGGGGAGAGUAACUGCUGCGUCAUCCUGUAAAUAAACACCUUCGCCGCUGGCCCUCCAUCAUUCUUCUCAUCCGUUCUCCACCCCCAACAUCCUGGACCUUAAGAGCUCGUCCCCUGUCCUGGAGCCUGUCCACAGGAUGGAUAUGCUUACAGACAAAUGCACACACACACUCUUCUUGUAUUCUUUUUUUUUCAUACCCCCUCUCUGAAACUCACACUCACACAUAGAAAGACAGCAGGAUGAUCCAAGAACAGAUUUGGAAGCAUGAAUUUGAUCAAAACAAAAUGAGUUGAUUCAUUGUUUUGUACGUGAUUUGUUGUCAUAACUGAAAAUGAGAGGAAGGAACUGGACUUUGGCUGUGUAUUUUCUUUUCUUCUUUUCUUCUUAAUGCACACCGCCAGCCUUUUUGCUAUCCUCCUACACACACAGACAAACACAAACCUUUUCUAGUCAUCCUCAGCACGUCUGGUAAAAAGUCAGUUUCUAACUGGCUCCUCGUUCUCUAGCUGGAUGUCAUAAUAAUGUAGUGCCCAAGUUUGUGUGUGUGUGUGGCCUUGUUUUCUCAUACAGACUGCUGAGAAUUUUAACCACUAACACCCUAACAUACACACACACACACACACACACACACACACACACACACACACACACACACACACACACACACACACACACACACACACACAUUCAAACACCAUGGCAUCCUGUCUACACAUCCAACCAUAUGUUCCUGUGUGAUCUCCCUCGGUGCAGCAGACGAAGCUUAGACGUGCCUGAUCAGAUAACUCAAACAAGGACACACACAUACACAUACAGUAGAUACACACAGACGCGCACACACACACACACACACACACACACACACACACACACACACACACACACACACACACACACACACACACACACACACACACACACACACACAUACACCUGUGUCCUUUUUUAACUGCCCUCCUCUGUGUGUGCCUUUAAAGGUCACAAGGGAGAACUCUUUUCUGUUUUGUCUGCAGAGCACUGUAGAGACGAAGCACGUCCAUCUUUCAGUCGUCAUAUUUUAGCCAAACAAAGCCUAACAAACAAACAAGUAAACAAACAAACAAUCCGCGGUGGUUGUCUUGUUUGGGUUUAUUUGUUUGUCCAUGACAUUUGUGACUGUGUUUUUGACAGUCCAUGCAUAUUACUGACCGACCAGUGUUGUGAUUAGAAUACGUCAUGUCAGUCCCCCCCCCCUCCCCCUCCCCUCCUCCUCCUCCUCCUCUCUGAUAGGAAAAGCCUCCUAUUUGUGCUCCUUUUAUAACAGUGUUGUGAAGGAUCUCUGUCCUGGCAGUUACUGUCCAAGCAGGGAAAUGAAAAUGUUCCUCAUUUGUCUUACUUUGCGCUUCUUAAUCCACACUCUGCAUUAAUAAGUCCAUUUUGCACAACUUAAGCAUGUGCUCCAUCAGAUUAAUACAAACGUAUACGAGUUUUAUUGUUUUAUUUUAUAUUUUUCAAAAGGAAGUGAUGCUCCAGACAAACUAAGGUAACGUGUAGAAUAUAUUUAAUAUGAAUCUUAUAUAGGACAUGAUGACUCUAGAUCUUGUUGCUAUACAGUAUAUCGGUGUGUAGUCUAUGAUUGUGUAUACGGUUAGCUUCUAGCCUGUUCACAGUCACUCGCUGACAAUGUCUUGUGCUUAGCAGCAGCAAAAAAGACCUCCCUAAUCAUUGACGGACUGUACUUUUAUUUUCUUCUGUGCUCUUUUAUUAUUAUUUUUUUCAGCUGUUUAUAAUUUAAUGUAAUCCCUUUUUUCUUUUGUGUGUUAAUUCUUUUUUUUGUUUUCAAGAAAUGCGUUGUAAUAGCACUAUAGAUCUUUCAAAAAUAAAUAUUGUUUAUAUUGAUCAGGGUUCAAAUCUGUACAGAGAUAAACGUUUUCAAACCAAUUGUAAAUAGCACUAAUACUCCCUCUACCCCCUCUGAACUUUAAAAUGGGAUACAUCUGUAAACUAAAUAAAGGUUAUUGAAGUGCA